AUAUUAAUAAACACAAAUAAAUUUUUUGAAGCAUCGCAACGGAGGCAAAGCAAUUCAGAACUUUCACACAAUGUUAAUAGAUAAAUGUGUAUUAGAUAACAUUUUUGAUACAGAGGUCAGUACAUUCUGAUUUGAGAUCUUCAACUCAGUCUGUCUCUUGCAUCACAGAAAUGAACACGCAUCACGUUUACGACAAAUACAAUACCGAAAAUUACUCCAAAUCAGCACAUAUAAGAUGUGAGUGUGUUAAAACACUACUAAAGCGACAUGGAAGCGAGCUUCAAUGGGAAAAUAUCAAGCACUGCAUUGAUGUAGGUUGUGGCAUUGGAGAUGUUACCAAGCAGUGCUUUUUGCCUUUGCUACCUCGCAACUUUAAGCAACUCUUGUGUACAGAUGCCUCACCGAAAAUGCUUGAAGCAGCUCGCUCGCGAUUACAUGAUGUCGAGAAUGUGGAUUUUCUGGAAAUGGAUAUCGGAGCGAGCUUGAAAGAUGAUCAUGUUAAAGGAGUUUUUGACCGAUUCGUUUCCAGUUUUUGUAUCAUGUACGUUCGAGAUCAACGGAAAGUGUUUGAAAACGUUUUUGAGUUGUUAGCCCCAGGAGGUGAUUGCUUCAUUAUACUCUUUUCCACUGGAGCAAUCUUUGAGGCGUUUUUCCAGCUUAUGGAUACUCCAAAAUGGAAGGACAAACUCAAAAGAUUUCGUGAGGUUUUCGUAUUUCCGUACAGAGAGGACCCUGAUCCAAAAGGGACAAUUGAAGGACUCCUAAAAUCUACUGGAUUUACUGAUAUUCUCGUGAAAACUGACGACUUUGAAUUUACUUUUCCAACAGCAGAUAAAUAUAAAGACUCGCAGCAAUCUUUUCCGGAGUUUCCUAACAAUAUGACGGAGAAGGACAAAUAUGAGCUCCUUCAAGAUCAAGUUGAACUUAUGAAAUCUUUCAAUUUGAUUGAUGAGUUUAGGGAUGAAACUAAACCGAUCUCGGAGAGUUUCUUCAAAAUUUUAAUUGUUUCCGCCAAGAAACCAUUAAUUCAAAAAAAUAAAUAAAAAGGAUAAUAAACAAUAAGCUGAAUUAUUUUGAGAUUUUUGUUUAUCAUUUACAAUCAGUUUUGAAAUGUGGAAUAUAUAAAAUACAUCUUAUGGUAAUUUAAACUACUAAUACAAGCUAAAUUUCUUAGAAAAAUCUAGGAAAUUUUCAGAAAGACAGAGUUGUCGUUAUCUCAAAAUAUGACUAAGAUCAAUAAAUGAGAAAUUUCGAGUAAUCAAAAGAAAA